AUUGUCGAGUUGAGUGGCGGGUCAGUGUGAUCGGAUACCAGCCAUGGCGCUGACUCCGGAGGACGAGAGCGCGUACAACAUGCUGGCCAUGAAGAUGCAGCGCGACAUCAAUUGUCUGGCUGACCCGGACCGCAGUGUACGCCGCCGCGCUGCCGACAAACUCAACCGCACGCUACAGAACGAGGCGUCGCGCGUGUCGCCGGCGGUGCUGCGCACUCUGUGCGUCUCCAACCUACAGUGCCCGCUUCUGCAAUGCGCCGAGACUGACGUCGUCGAAAAGUGCCGCGAGCGUGCACUCACAUCACUACUGUUGCUGUGCGAGAACAAGGCGAUGGAGCCGUCGGACGCGACGCUGAAGGAGCUGGUGGCUCUGGCAGACUCUCGAUUGGGCAAAAUGCCGUACCCGGAACCGACGGAGGAGAUCCGCUUGUUAAUUCUGCAACUUUUGCACGCGUUUCUGAAGCAAUUUGCUGCAGUUAAAGACAUGCCGACUUUAUUGCGCGACGUCAUCACGGAGCUGGCCAACGCUUUGGGCAAGACGGCAGUGGAUCCGUUCCCGGACGCCAAGAAGAUGUCGGCGGAGUGUGUCAUCCUCAUUUCCAAGUACUGGAAGAACGACAUGGGGAUGCAGAUUGGCACAAUUGUGCGCCCAAUGGUAGUUAAUCUGAGCCACCAGCACAGCCGUGUACGUGUCUGUGCGUUGCAGGCACUGGAUGCUGCAGUGCCUUGUGGUUCAGAGGCUCUACCGGAGCUCAUGAAGGAAGUGUUGCUACCAGCUGUGAGUAAGGUCGUUUUCGACCAUGCACCGUCAGUGAGAAAGCAACUGGUUUGCAUGCUAGCAGCGUGGCUGGGUCAGAUUGAGCAGGUUCAGCAGUUCGAGGCAUCGAUCUUCCCGAUUUUUCUGGCUGGUAUCGUGGAUGAAUCUCCCGAAGUGCGAGCGCUUUCACUCGCCAAGCUAAAUGAACUUUCAGCCAACUGGGAGGCUCGGGAUGACGACGGAGGCGUUAAAUCAGGCGAUGUGGAGCUCAUGGAGGUGGAUGCGGAUGAUGUAAAAAGCGCGCCGCCUCUUUUCUUCGAGACUCGACCGCCUCUUGGCGCCCGUAAGCUUGCGGCUAGCCUUCAAGCGCAGGUGUUGCCACAGCUUCUUGAGAAAACUGGAGACUGGACGGUGCAAGUGCGCGAGCGCUACACUCAAGUUCUCAGUGCGUACCUGAUUCUGCUGGAGCAGAACAUGAACCCAUUCUUGGACAAGGUUUUUGCAGCACUGGGCAAUAUCUGCCGCGACGACGAAGUAGUUGUCUACAACAGCGUGAAAGCAUGCUUGGGCGUUGUCGGCUUUUACGCAGACUCCCAAAUGAUUUUGGCCUCCUUGUUGCCGAUGGUGGCAGGAAGGUUGGCAGGACAGGACACUGCUCAACAUCGCACAAAUGGAUUGAUUCUGUUGGGUAUGAGCAUUGAGGGCAUGACAACAAAAACGAUCGGAGCUCACUUGGAGCUUAUCACCGAGGCGCUGUGCGAUGCUGGUCUACGUGAAUCUGAAGUGUCAGAUCUGCAAGAUCAAUUGGCCGGUGUCGUUUCAAGUAUUGUCAAGACUGCUGGGCCACUACUCGCGCAAAAGGAUGAGAUCGGCUUCCGACUUUUCUGGGUUUUGAACCAUCUCCUGGCCUCUUCCUCGGAAUCAUCAGUUGCUUUUGAAAUGGCAACCGAAUCGAUGGAGGAGCUAGCUGCGGAAAUGGAGCUGCCUGCUGAGGUAUGUUACUGUCCUGGCACUAAGGUUGGUUUGACAAUGCACUUCUCGUUUUGUUUUUCUUGGUCUUGUUUGCAGGUAUUAUACGCGCGCUACAUGGGUAAGCUGCUUGACACGAUGACGCUUCCUACUGAUGUGAGUGGAAGAUGGCAAAAGUGUGACCCGAGCCGUGUACUAUUUGACUCUAUUUGCCGGCGUGGAGGAGCGGCAUGUGGAGAAAACUUGGGGAAAAUUGUACCCAUUAUUUUGAUCCACUUAGAACCAGAUCAGGAUGCAGACGUUCGACUCGCGUCCCUUGCGUUAUUGGAGACGAUGCUAGGGACAGAUGCCAUCAGCCAGGCCUUCAAGCCAUUUAGCGUGGCACUACUCCAGAAAGCUAUUAUUCCAAACAUCGUGUGGCGUGGAGGACGCGUCGCUGCAACCAUUAGAAAAGUUGCUGUAGCAUGCGCGUACACACUUCUUCGUCAGGGUAUCGCCGGUCAACAGUGUUUGUUUGAGACUGCGCCACAGAUGCUGCCCGUCCUCAAGUCUUCCAUGGACGACAGCGAUGCCAAGACUCGCCAACUGGUCUGUUUGGCACUACAGUAUCUGUUCGUGGCAUUGCCUGGAUGCUUGGGAGGUACGGCAUGCAGUACACUCACGUGCCACUUUACUGGCUGGUCACUUUUGUUUCUGAUUUGAACAGAGGAGCCCGUACAUCAACUAUAUGCGGAGAUUCUGAAGCGCUUGGACGACAGCAACGACACUGUGCGCAAAGCUGCCUGCCAGACGUUUACCACCUUCCUAAAAGCUGCGCCGAAGGAGCACUUUAGAGGAACGAUUAUUGACUACACGAUGGACUGCCUUUUCGUCCACCUAGACGAUUCGGAACCCGACAUCCAGGAGGCUGUCUUCAAGGUUCUCAAGGAAACCAUAGUGAUUGAUGCCCCUCGGCUGGCUAAAAAGGCAGAAGAAAACCGGACACGUCACCAAAGCCCUCGCUACUGCGACCAGCUUCUGGCGCUGGCAACUGCGUAGCCGGAAUAAGCUAGGUUAGCCCCACCAGGAGACUGUUUUGUCAAAACAAGGAAGCACAAAAGUUACCUCACAGUGCUUCAAACCGUCUCGAGCUUCUGCUUGUCCAAGUUCUUGAAGUAGGUAACCAGAUCCUCGAUGCGCUUCUUAUUCUUUUCAUCAUCAUCAUGUUGUCUCUC